AGUUGCUGUUGGGGAGCCAUUGCCUUUAACUCAGAAAUGAAGCUGCUUCUAUUUCUUCUUCUGGCUGCCAUUCCAGUUACAUCCAGUCUGUCAACAGAAAGGGCCUUUACCAGUUUGGUGGGAGGAUCCGUUAGUGUCCCCUGUCAUUAUGACGUGAAGUACAGAGACCAUGUGAAGUAUUGGUGUAAAGGUUAUCAAUGGACAUACUGUGACAUUUUGAAACAAACCGACUCUCCCCAUAGUGCUAAUGAUAAAAUAUCAAUCAGUGAUGAUAGAACUGGAGGAGUGUUCAUUGUAACUAUGAGAAGACUAGAGAAGGAGGAUGCAGCCUGGUACUGGUGUGCUAUCAAACUGGGAGGCACAAAAGAAGCUGAUCAAUACUUUUAUCUGCACCUAACAGUUACAGAGGGAACCCCCAGCCUGUCUGUCACGAGUAACUUGAUAACAGGAAGUGAAGGAGGAUCAGCCAGUGUCUCCUGUCAAUAUGCUCGGUUCUACACAAAACAUGUAAAAUACUGGUGCAGAGGGAGAGAGUGGGCCACCUGUGAGACUCUAGUAGGAACUGACACUCCCCAGACAGGAGGAGAGAAGGUAUCAGUCAGUGAUGAUCAUGCUAAACUCCCCAGAUUCUUCACUGUGACAGUGUGGAGACUGGAGAAGAAGGAUGCAGGCUGGUACUGGUGUGCUGUACAGAAAGCAGGGGCUGAUGAAAGGAUUCCACUCUACCUCACAGUUACUGACGCGCUGCUGGAGGUGUUGGAUUGUAGAGGGGAGAUAGAACAGAGAAUGAGAGAGGAGAGGUACAUGGCUCUGAUUGAGAGGGUUGGGAUUGCAAUGAUAUCAAGUGCACCGACAGCCCCAAAGGCGAGGGCACAGAAGAUGAUGGCAGAGGAUGACCCGGAGGCAUACCUGGUCAUAUUUGAGUGGUUGGCUAUGACCGCCUUGUGGCCUAGGGAGUUCUGA